CGCUCAUGACGUCACGAGAACACAAUAGGAGUGUGGUCCGUUCAUCCAAUUAACUUAUUUUUGUGUAUACAAGGGCAUCCAUGCUUUUUGUUGCUCUUCCUUUACCCGUUUUCACCCCCAUGAGACUCUGAAUCUAGAAUGCGAGAUCAUUAAGCGAGCGCCGAAUUCCAAGCCUAAAUCGCAUUUAGUUGAUGCGCUAGUCCUUUAUUUUGCAAUAAUGCGGGAUCUGUGUUUGUGAAGCAAUCAAUUGGUAAACGUCGUGGAGGCCAAAACGGCUGAGAAAGACAUGAGGGAGGCUGCCUAGGUUGAGUACCAUCAUCUAUGAGUACACAACGCGCGGCUUUCGUCCGCCAUGUGACUAGCAUACCUGGUUUGCUUGAGAAUUAGAAAGAUCGUCUCGAAAAUGGCACACUCGGACAUACAGGUUACGUUUGAGUUCGGACACAAGUCCAUCAUCAAGUCAAAGACAACCCCCGAGGGGUUCACUCACGACUGGGAGGUUUAUGUGCGAGGAGCGGAUGGCGCGGACAUCAGCCACUUUGUUGAGAAGGUUGUGUUUUACCUGCACGCAACCUUUCAAAAACCAAAGAGAGUCAUUAAAGAGCCUCCCUUCAGUGUGAAAGAGUCUGGAUAUGCUGGCUUCAACUUGCUCAUCGACAUUUAUUUCAAGACGAAAGAUGAGCCCAAGAAGUUCAAGCACAGCUACGACCUUGACCUGCAAACCAGCGGACCCAUGGUUGUCCGUUCUCGUAGGGAGAAAUACAUCUUUACCAAUCCCUCAGGCGACUUUCGCAAAAAGUUGAUCAGGGGUGGAGGGGUGAGUGAUCAUCUCGUUGGGAUUGAUGCCCCGUCAAGUGAUAAAGCUUUUGGGGAUCCCCUGUCCAAAUCCCAGAAGCCCUCCAGCUCUAGCCAUGCCAAGCCACUAGCUGAAGCAGUCAAAAAGCACAAGAAGGAGCCCGAGUUCAAACCGACGACGCAGUUCUCAGAGUUGUUCGGCGACCCGAUUAAGAAGGCUCCUGAAACUAAAAAGCACACGCCAACGCCCUCCACGUCGAAGCCGUCUACAUCUUCCAGCGGAGGCAAAGGUCCUAACUCGAAAGCGGGUGCUAGUGGCUUGGAGAAAAUUUCUAUCAGUGAUAAGAAAUUGAGCGCUCCAAAGGAGGAUAAGAGAGAGGAAAAGAAGCGUGAUAAGAGCAGCAAGGAGAGUGGCAGUGAGAAGAAGAGUGCGGCAAAGCCCUCUAGUCCAGUCACUCUGGUGAAAGUGAGGGAAGAAGUGAAAGUGAAGGAAGACCCGAGUGAGAAGAAGAAAAAGGAGAAGAAACAAAAGGAGGAGAAGGAUUCCAAGUCGAAAUAUCAGCAGGCUGACAAGUCUAGUAUUGACAAGUUGAUCAAAGAGAAAGAAAUGAAGAAAUCCCCAAAGCUGACGAGCGGGCUGAGUUUGCUGGAGGAGAAAAUGAGGCACAAGGAUAGUGGUGUUGACAAGCAGCACAAGAGCAAACACAAAAAGAAAGACAAGGAGAAAAAAGAGAAGAAGUCUGAGAGCAAGGAUAAGAAGCGCGAGUCCAAGACCAAGGAAGAGGUGAUCAAGUUCAAGGAGCCAGAGCCGCAUUCUCCGAGUCCGCCGGCGCCGGUGAAGCGAAAACUGGAAAAACCGCCGCCGCAGAGGGAGAAGCUGGCCAAGACCACCUUGCUGGACGAAAUCUUUGACAACAACGGGGGUAGUUGCAGUAGCAGCAGCAGCUCUUCCUCCAGCGACGACGACGACAUUGAUGAGCCAGUCAAGCGGAUCAAGCUGGAGGCACCGUCCCCCAAGCAGGACGCCAGUGCUCUGAAGAAAACACGAGAUGAGGAGAAGAAAAAGGGGAGGCGGAACGAGGAGAAGCCGCCGCAGCGCAAGCGCAAGCACAGCUCGGAUUCGGACUCGUCGUCGUCUGGCUCGCCGCCGAGCAAGAAGGGCUCUCCGCCAGGCAUCCAGGACAUGCUGCCACCGCCGCUGCCUGUCAACAACGUGCGCGACAUGACACCUGAGUACGAGUCGGAGCUGCGAGAGCUGCAGCGCAAGAUCAUGAAUCUGGACGACGACGAGGAGCUGCAACGACUGGUCGACGUCAUCACCGCCACCGGCAAGUACGAGCUCACCAAGAAAACGUUCGACUUCGACCUAUGCACGCUCGACCGCAACACUGUUACAAGACUGCAAGACUUUUUCCGAGCGUUAUGAUGAACGAGCAGCUGAAUCCCUGCGGGUGCAAACCAGAUUUAGUGCCGACAGGUGCAAUAGCAACGCAAUAGUGCCAAGUAAAUUCUAAAGUUGCAUUGGAAGUUCUUUUUGACUGUUAAUAAUCGAUUCUGAAGGGUCGAAAAAUUGGAAACGUUCGUCAAAAUUGUUAGUUUAGUGGUAUUUAUUUGGUGUAGAGCGCCAGCAACCAAUCAGAGAUUGGCCAGAUCGAGACAGGAGCGCCACAGCGACGGCCAACGCAAUUCACCGCAUCCUUCUCUGAUCGGUCGCCAGCAUUCUUAUCGCUAGGUUCAGACCAAAGUAACGGUUUUUACGUACGUCUCGAAUUAUCCAGCCUUAAGAAUCGAUAGGCACUGUCAGAAAUGCAAUUCUAGUUCUACUUUUCGGCCCUGCAGGAUCUUGACGGUCUUGAAUACUAAGAAUAAGCUCAGCAGCAUUCGUCGUCUUGCCAUUUUGUGCCAUCGUGAGAAAACAAAAUCAUACUCCCCUCACUCAUUGAUCUGAAAAGCGCGCUGCUAGCGGAUUAGAUCUAAUUACGUGUGUUGCGUUGUUAAGUUUGAUGGAGAUCGCUCUUGCUCUUCCAGUCUCUUGAGUAUUUUUUGUUAUCGUUGUUUGCAUUAAAUUUGGUGUUCAGAGAUGUGGAAAGGCCAUACUUAAAAAACGCGUCAAGCCUCCUGAGGAAUAAUCUUGACUCGUUUGCAUUGAAAUGCGGUUGUGAUCCAUUAACUAAUACAAUUCAGAACUUCACAUUGGGUGCAUCACAGGCAAUGUACAAAUAUAUGAUCUAAUAUUCUGAAUCAGACUUCAAUAAUUCUUACCUGACCACGCGGUUUGCAACAACAGGAAAAACUCUAUUUGGAAAAUCAGCCAUAUCAGUAUUGGAUGGGACAAAGCUAUUUCUUCUCUCUGCAGUGCUCUAGUUUAAUCAAUACGGAUAAAUUAACUUGGUAGAUUAAAUAGCAAAAAAUUAAAAAAAAAAUCUGUGUGCAAGCAUGCAGUGGAGCCUGACGCCCAAAACUAUUUUUGUAUUUCUCAAGUUCAAAAUUAUUCGACCAUGACAAAGACAACCCCUGUUUCGGCCUGCUCUAGAAAUUGAACCAAAUAACUCUCUACAUUUAUUGUGUCAAUCCUAUCGCCCUGAUUUAUUGCAUUAAUUGGGCUGUUACCUAUCGCUUGGCAAUCGACCAACACUACAUGAUUUCAAAACUUGAUCUUUCUUUCUUUCUGUUUUAAGUUGGAACAACUCGAAUCAGUUAUAUUAUGUUAAUUACUUCUCGAGUAUUGACAACGUUGACAAUACCCUUUUCCAAAAAUCGCUAUGUCAUUGUUGACUGCAUUGAGGUGAUUUUAUUGCUUUCUUUUCAAAUGUGCGACUUUUAUUAUAAUUUGAUACUCAUGAUACCUACACAUUGUACACAUGGAUGCUUUAUGUACUGUACGAGCGUAAUAUAAACUACAUUAUAGCGAAAAUUCAAAUGUAAGUAUCAACCAAAUACCACGAUUAAAAUAGAUAAAUUAAGAAGUAAAUUAUACAUCACAUAUAGAAUUGA